AUGGAGGGGAAGCGGAAUGGGAAUCAACAAGUUUUCUACAGUCCUUGCAGGCACAGGAGGGAUGUGGGGGAGGAGGGGGAGGGGGAGGAGGAGGAGGAGGAGGAGGAGGAGGAGGAGGAGGAGGAGGAGGAGGAGGAGGAGGAGGAGGAGGAGGAGGAGGAGGAGGAGGAGGAGGAGGAGGAGGAGGAGGAGGAGGAGGAGGGUUCAAUGGAGCGAACAAUGAAGCGCUUUGAGGAGGCCUUUGACUCUGACUCAUGA